CACCGGUGCUGCAGUAACGAGUGGAAGGUGGAAGUGAGAUUAGCUCCUUUGGCUACAUUUCGUGACACUGAGUAAAUUAAAAAAUAAAAUAACCUGCUACUGAUUUACACUACUCGUUAAAGCUUACAUGUACGCGUUAGAAGGCACGGCGUCGACCACGUAUUCUGACAGUAAGGUGUCUGCGGAGGGACAUAUCCACUUUGGUCCGUGCAUUAUAUGUACCGUGAGCUAACGAUAGCAGGCAGCGAGGCGUGUAGCCACUCAACUUCUCGGACAGGCGCCACCGAUUUUGGCCUAUUUUCUCCUAAACAUGCCUAUUCAGCUAACAAGUCAGGCUUACUGUAAAAUGCUUUUACAUGCCGCCAAGUAUCCUCACUGCGCCGUGAAUGGACUGCUGGUGGCAGAAAAAACCAAGGAGAAAAAGAAGGACAGCCACAGUGAGCCGGUUUUGUGUGUGGACUGUGUGCCGCUGUUUCACGGCACUCUUGCUCUGGCACCGAUGCUAGAAGUAGCUUUAACACUGAUCGAUACCUGGUGUAAAGAAAAUAACUAUGUCAUUGUUGGAUAUUAUCAAGCCAAUGAACGCAAAAAGGAUUCAAGACCCAACCAAGUUGCAGAAAAAGUGGCUGCCAGGAUUUCUGAGAACUUCAGUGAAGCAGCCAUUGUUAUGGUGGACAACAGUAGGUUAACAAUUAGCUGUUUUGAACCCAUUGUGCUCAUUUAUGAUCAUCAUGAAAACAAGUGGAAAAGCAGAGAAGUAACUUCUGACUGCUUCGAGGACUGGGGCGAAGCCCAGAAGAUCACAUCCGCUCUGUUGGAGGGCAGGUCCUACGAGAACUUGAUUGACUUUGACAAUCACUUGGAUGAUCUAAGGAACGACUGGACCAACCCUGUGAUCAACAAGUCUGUCCUGGAUCUGUGCUAAAACCCUCAGUCAGGAGUAACCUGGACACGCACACAGAAAUAUUGCUGCCACUUCAGCAUGCAUGAUGCUACUUAUCGUGUAGCACAGGAGUACAAAAAUGCUGAACGCAUAGUCUUUGUUCCAUCAAAAGGCUCCCAUACUGAUGGGAACUUGUGGAGCACUGACCAGCGCCAUAUGUGCACUGUUGGUAUGUGUCCACCUUUACAAGGUGAUACUGAUAAAGGCAAUUAUGUUUUUGAAUGCAACUUAAAUGAGUUUUUUUUCUGCAAUGGUUUGUGUUUAUUCAUAGUUGUGUGCAUUAAGUUAAAUUCUAGAGUAUUUUAUCUGUUUUUCCCUCUUUUACAGCCAGUAGCCAUAAAGGGAUCCUAAAUUAUAUUAAAAAAAAGUGAUGAUUGUACUACUGACAUAUGAUUUAAAUAUGUUCCUUAUUAAAUGUAUUAAAUUUCUAGUUUGCUAUGAGCCCUGAAACAAAAUUCACACGUAGAGCUGUAGUCUGAGGACGUUUGUGGGAAGGUUAAUAAAACACUUGUAAGAAGAACGUAUAGGCAGAACCAGAGAGACGGCAGUCUUAAAGGUUUUUCUUAUCGGACUGUAUGUCAUCUAACUUCAGUCCUUCUGUUGAGGCACCAGCAAUGACAAUGGGAUGAUUGACUCAAGAGCUUUGACUUUAAGUAAUUAAUGCUCACACAAACAUUUCUAUGAUGUGUUUCUCCUGUUACGGUCACUGGUGUGCUUUAGAACGUCGGCGUAUUGGGUUUUGAUUGUUCUGGUAGAUUUGUUCAGAAAUAUAAUGCACUGAAUCAGAUCACAUGGAUGUGUGAAUUCUGUUUUAUGUUGGAUAUCUGUUUUAAGGAUUAGGAAAUAGUAUUUAUUUAUACUUAAAUGACCACUCUAAAUCCUACUAUUUAAUAAAUAAUCUUAAAAAUUUAAAUACUUAAUGUGAAGAUGCAUAACUACUUUUGUAUUUGAGAUUAGAAUUAAUAAGAGCUAGUUACUUAAAUAAUUGUGUGGACAAAUUUUUUUACAGACAUUUUAUGAACUGAAUGUACAAUGAAACUUUUGAAACUA